UUAAGGUUCUAGCUUCUGGGUUACAUAUGCAAGCUCUGUUUGCACCAGUCUAAUUUACUGUGAUGCUCACCUGUUCCAGCUCUGAGCUGAGGAAGGGGUUCAUCAGUGAGACUCCUGUGUUGUCUAGUUCAUCUUCAUCACAGACAACAGUUGCUCACAUAAGUCUGUGCUGCUGAACAUGGAGAGCAUCUGAGCAGCUGGACCAUGCAGUUGUGUCAGUGUGGAAAGAUAAACACUGCAGCACCCAUAGAGUCAUACUUGAGACUUGAGUUUCGUUAAAUCAUCUCGGUCUGGAAGUUGGUCGGUGCACUUUCUGUCAGCAGCAAACAGAUUACUGAGUGGUUCAAAUCCAGUUCUGGGCUUCAAAGUCGGCAAAUUGCUGAUUAAACUCGGUGCUGAGUAAGAGGAGUGUUUUCAGUUUGUCCAAUGCGGAGGAUGGUACCGCUGCAGACGCUGAUACGAGUAGCAGGGGCGCUAAUGACUGUAAAGAUACCGGUUUUUCUCCUUGAAGCAUAAACAUGUGCCAUCUUUGUUGAAACACCUUCCUUCUGCAUCAAUCUUUCUCUUCCUGGACAUUUUGGGAUAAUUUGUGGAUAGUUAUUUUCACUUGUUGCAUUAAGUAAACACGAAUUUGGAUACACUGCGACCGAGUGGCGAAAUACUGCCCCUGCACUGGGAACACGAUUGCCAAGCAUUAUGGGAAAUGUAGUUUAUAGCCAAUGUAUACUUUGAAGCAGCAUAGACGUAUUUUAAGACACUCGAAGCUCUCGCGGGCCACAUAAAAUGAUGUGGCGUGCCACAUCCGGCCUGUGGGCCUUGUAUCUGACACAUGUGAUGUACACAAAUCGCAUGUUUAUGUUCAUGUUUACUUAUUUAGCAGACGCUUUUAUCCAAAGCGACUUACAAUUUAUAACCUAUAGGGCAUGUUGUGAUCUGUGGGGGGAAACCAGAGUACCCGGAGGAAACCCACGCAUGCAUGGGGAGAACACGCAACUCCACGCAGAAAGGCCGCAGCCGAGUUUCGAACCUGCAACCUUCGUGCUGCGAGACAACAGUGCUAACCACUGCGCCACCAUGCAGCCCCAUGUUCUUGGCUUAGAGCAGCUGAACAGGGAGUGAAGCCAGGGUCGUGCUGCCUAGUGUAAUUUACUGACUGUUCUGUUCUUUUUGUUUUUACUAGGGCCGGGAAAAUUAGCGCGUUAAUUUUUAGCGUUAAUUUUGUUAUUUUAACAUGUUAAAAGUAAAUGACGCAAUUAAUUUGACCAUCUCUCUAACCCGGAGCCACCAUCCUCCAAAAUGUCUUGAUAUUUCCCCCUGGACAAUAUGUCUAAACCAUAAUUUACUGAGCCAGAAAAAAGAUCAAGUUAUUAUGAACUCUCAGCAUCAAGGAGUCUUUUGAUUGGAGAAGAUGAACAGAGGCAGAGCGCUCUUGCACUCCACCGGCAUCUGCGUCUUGCACACGGCCACAGUAACAUUCUCAAAGCGGCGCCACCAAAAUAUAUUUGACACACGAUCGUUCAUAACUGCUUUGGUACUUUCUUUUAUUCGUGGCUGAAACGCAUCGCUGCUGCUCUCGUCAUCCGAGCUCCACGGCCGCGGCCAGGCAGCGUUUUUUUCUGGAGAACUAGAUCCUGCAUCUGUCACAGGGAGAUGCAGACAGGACAGGUUAAUAGUCAACUAAUAAGAAAACAAAACAAAGAGCUUGUAAAGGAAAAUGUUGUCCCACUACAUGUUUUAAUUUUAUAAAAUAAAUAUUUAUAAGCUCGUAAUAUUCAUAUAUGCCAUACAAUUCAGAUCACCUUCAAAACUCCGUCCCACCCAGGGCCGUAUCAAAGCAUUUGGGGGCCAUGCCAACGAGGUGUCCCUUCUUUAUUUUUGGGGGAGUUGGCAGUCCUAGUUCAACUGAUGCUGUUGAAAAUGACAUUUGCAUUGGAUAACAUAAGCUAACUGUGCUAAAAUGUCCAUUUUUGGUCCUUUUUUAAACACAAAUAAGGUUUUUCUUUACCUUGCUGACGUUUCGUUUGUGGCUGCAAACUUCCUCAGAGCUGACGCCGAUGGUGGCGUCACUUCCCACUCUGUUUAUCCGCUGGCAGCAGAGGACGCUGUUGGCCUCCCCUCUCCGAUUUUGCAGUCCCAAGUGCGAUCCAAUGAGCAAACUCCAUCGUCUCUGUUCAUGGUCCCACAUCCACAUCUCAUUAUCUCAAUAGCUUCCUUUAUCCAUCUUUUGUAUUUCUGUUAGGGAUGGGCCGGAUACUCGUUUCAGACGAGUAUCCGGUACGGAUAAAGCAUUUUUGACGAGUACGAGCAUGAAACGAGUAAAACUUGUAAAUAUCUGUAAUCGUGCUGAAGGAAAAUCCUCAUUGGGUAACUGAUGCUCUGUGAUUGGCCAGUCAAAUAGAGCACCCGCCCCUCCCUACACACAAAACUCUGCAGCCGAGAGCUCACAGCUCAGUCCGCGUCCGGUCCAUCCACGCACACACACAGACAGUAACGGAUCUCUCUGUGCUUGCUUCACUGUUUACGUUUCUUCAGUACUCCCUAUGUUUUCUUCAGUUUGCUUCUUUUUAAAGUUAUUUAAAGUUACUUUUUUCGUAACGUACGUGGUGCCUUUGACGAGACAGAGCUGAAAACGGCUCGUGCUGCGUCAGUCACUGCCUCCGCUCCGGUCGGGUUUUUUUUUACCUCUCUCCUCUUCCUCAGGAUCCACUCCCUCUUUCCUAUUCACUCUCUCUCUUUCUUUACAUUUUUUAAUCACAACUGUCUAUUUUUUGCUCAUUUUAAAUAUAUUUUAAUCAUUUUCUAAAUUCUUUUUUCUAUUUUACAUGUUUUGUUUUUGUGAAGCGCCCUGUGAUUUUUAUCUUGAGAGGCGCUAUAGAAAAGAUCUUUUCUUCUCUCUCUCUUAAUUCAUGCACUUAAAUAUUAAUGUUCUGAUUUUAUUGAAAAACUUGUUCUGUAAUAGUUCCUUUACUAUUGUGAUCAAAAACAUUUAAUCUCAAAUCUGAGGCUGCUCUGUAAAUAGUUUUCAAAUAAACAAUACACAUAGCAACUUCUGAUCAGACUUAAAAUAACGUAUCGAUUUCAACCACGCCCACUUCCGGCUAAACUACACCCACUUCCGGGUUAGGCCACGCCCACUCUGAGUACAGAUACAGAUAAUUUAGCUGGCUGAACAGAUACAGAUACGGUUACAGAUAGUGGUGUACUCGCUCAUCCCUAAUUUCUGUUAUGGCUGACAUCUUUAUUGUACUUUCUGCUUCUUGUUUUGCUGCUCUUGUGUGUUUUCGACUUGUUUCUUUCUCACACUCACACUCCUUUCUAUGUUCUAUUGUUCGUGUGUUGAGUUGGCGUCCGGUUUCUCCUACGUAUGUUUUAUUGCAGAGUUUGCAUGGGAUUUCGUAAACUACUCCACAUUUAUGUCCUGCUGGUAUCUUGUCUUUUGGGUGCACUAGUCUGUUUCUAACUGUUGUGUAUGGUGUUGUUGGUGUGUUUAUGUUGCGUUUUUUCAUUGUUGCUCUUACUUUUUCUGUUAUGCCUUUGAUGUAUGGUUGGGUUAUCACUAGGGCUGGGGGUAAACGAUUAUUUUUAAAACGAUUAUUCUGACGAUUAUUUUAUCGAAUAGUCGACUAUUCUAAUGACUAUUUAGAAAAUUAAUCUAAUGAUUAUUUUUCUAUUGCACAAUUAACAAAAACCAGAAAAUCUCAAAUAAAUUCCUCAAAAAAAAAUUGAUAAAUUCUUACUGUAAGAGAAUAAACACUACAGGCCUUCCAUUUUGUAUAACACUGCGUUUAUUGUGUUGGUUGGUUAUGUUCUGAUGACGUGUAGAACUUGGGAGUGCAGGCUGCUGCCUGAGAGGUUGUAGAAGAGUGAGUGUCUCCAUGCUGCUUUGUUUUGGUCACUUAUGUGCGUGAGGCGAGUGGUCUUACGGGUUAAACCAAACUCAGGUGGUAUUUUACACUAAACCGAAAACCCACAACACUCUAAAUGUAAUAAAAGGGAGAUCUACACCACAAAAAAGAUUAACUCUAAACCAAAACGUAACAGCUUAUCCCAACGCAAGAAGCUGUUAGCGAAGAUGCUAACAGUAGCUUUACCAACAUUAAGUUCAAGUUACCAAGUUUAAAUAAACCAAAAACACCCAGCAGCAAACGGACCAGCACGGAGGAGAGACUGCUACCACCAAAACAGCUCUCCUCAUGUCUGAAAGAAGCUCCGUUAUGAAGGGAGAAACGCUCCCGGUGAUUUUCUACAUCUGCGAUAGACACGAAGCAGCGCAUCUGACCCCGGAAGUUGUUGUCCGUUGCCGGGAGACGAAGGGGCAAAACAGGAAAACAAUCUAGUAGUGGACGGACGUUGUUCCGGGUCUUCGGUAUUUGGCGGAGAUGUUAGUGAAGGCGGAGAAGAGGGCGAACUAGAGGAAGAACAGGCAGAUUCCUCCUCUAUUUACAAACUCCUGGGGAUGCAACAAGUGGGCGCGGUGCGUCGACUUCUGGAUCUGACGUCGACAAAUUUUUAGAAUCGAGCCGUCGACUUCGUCGAGGCUUCGCUCCAGCCCUAGUUAUCACUUGUUUUGGUUCUUGUCUUUCUGGGUUUCUGGUUCUUUGCUUAGGUUGUUCUUUUCUUUCUGUUGUUGUUUUCCUUUGUUUAUUGCCCAUGUCGGGUAUCCGCAGUUCUUUAAAGCGUGUUGUAUGUGUUUGUCCUCUUGUUUACGGUCUCUUUCUUCUGUUACCAUGUUUGCUCGGUGAUAUAAUGUUCUGAUAACUGACAUUUUGUGUAUGGUAGGGUGUUCUGAUGUCCAUAAUAGAUAUUGGUCUGUGUGUGUUGGUUUCCUGUAUGUGUUUAUGUUUAGGGUCUCGUCGGUCUGCCUGGUUAUUUUCAUGUCCAUAAAUGCUAUACUGCCUUCUGUUUCUGACGGCGGGCAGCGGAGGGCGACGGCGUAACAGAUCACUGCACAAGAGAAAACUAUGUAACGGACUGGGACAACACAAGGAUCAUAAACACCGAACAACAGAAAUACAAAAGAUGGAUAAAAGAAGCUAUCGAGAUAAGGAGACGUGGGUGUGGGACCAUGAACAGAGACGAUGGAGUUUGCUCAUUGGAUCGCGCAUGGGACUGCAUCAUCGGAGAGGGGAGGGCAGGCAGCGGAGGACGAUGGCGUCCUCUGCUGCCCGCGGAUGAACGGAGUGGGAAGUGACGCCACCAUCAGCGUUAGCUCUGAGGAUGUUUGCAGCCGCAAACGAAACGUCAGCAAGGUGCAGCUGGAGUUUUGGUUGGACAUCCGUUUGACACAGUGAAGGUGAGGCUACAGGUCCAGAGUGUCAAUAGGCCUCUCUAUCGUGGAACCUUUCACUGUUUCCAAUCCAUCAUUCGACAGGAGUCGGUAUUUGGUUUGUAUAAAGGUAUCGGCUCUCCCAUGAUGGGCCUCGCUUUCAUCAAUGCCAUAGUAUUUGGUGUCCAGGGAAACGCCAUGCGCCUGUUGGGGAAGGACACCCCCACACACCAGUUUGCUGCUGGUGCAGCUGCAGGCACCAUUCAGUGUGUCAUCUGCUGUCCCAUGGAGCUGGCCAAAACUCGCAUGCAAAUGCAGGGCACUGGAGAGAAGAAGUCCUCCAGGAAGAUGUACAAGAACUCCCUGGACUGUUUGGUGCGAAUUUACAGACGGGAAGGUCUGUGGGGGAUAAAUCGAGGCAUGGUGACCACGCUGGUUCGUGAGACCCCAGGCUUUGGUGUGUAUUUCCUGUCUUAUGACGUACUGACACGCAGCCUGGGCUGUGAAUCCAAUGACCCCUACAUGAUCCCCAAACUGCUGUUCGCCGGGGGCAUGGCUGGGAUUGCCUCCUGGAUCUCCACCUAUCCCGUUGAUGUGAUCAAAUCACGGCUCCAAGCAGACGGGGUGGGCGGAGUUCAUCAGUACAGUAGCAUCGCUGACUGCGUGCGGCAGAGCGUCAGGAGAGAGGGAUACAUGGUGUUCACUCGGGGCCUGACGUCCACACUGCUGAGGGCAUUUCCUGUAAAUGCAGCCACGUUCGCUACCGUCACCCUCGUCCUCAUGUAUGCUCGGGGGGUGGAGCAAGGACCUAAGGACUGCGAAGCGGCCCCGCACCACACACCGAUCCAGGAGCAGACCUCCAGCCUGUGACGGCACAGAAAGUUCACUCUGAAUAUCUGCACUUUAAAAACCCACGAAGAGACUAAAUACACCCCAUAAAUACUCCAACACCAAAUCACCUUACAUUAACCAUUCUCAGUCUUGAGUCAGGAAAUAACUUAUUCAUGUAAAACGUGAAUAAGUUUCAAAAGAUAAAAGGGGGGUAUUUAUUUUUAAUGACUUGGAGUUGUUGGGAUCUUUAACGAUGACAUGAUAGGUAUGAAAGCUUUACGAGCAACUUUUCGGAAAUAGUUUUAAUAAGACGUUGACCCAUCCUGGGCCGCUGCAAGUGUACAGUGUAGAAACUGGAAGGUUAUAUAUCUUUAUAAAAUAUCUGGAAGUGUGCAAUAUAUCUCCAUAUACCGCAUAUGUGAGUUAUUUCUUUGCCUGCCUUAUUUAACCUUGGAUGCUGUGUUAUUUAUGAACCGUUUUCUGUGAAGUGUUGAGAGAGAAGCAAUGUAGCAAAUGACAAAUGCGAAUUUUGUCUAUUUUGUCAAACAAAAACAUUCAUAAAACUGAGUAACUCUCAGUCAGGUCUGAUGUUUCUUCAGCUGUAGAUUAUUGUUGUCUUCUACCAAACAAUGUGAAGAUUUACUAGAGCUACUGCUGUACUGAAGUGAAACUUAUUACUGUUACUGGUGUUCUUUUGUGCUAUUUAUUGUAUUGCUUUAAGUUUCCAGUUUAAAUCGGUACAUGAAAUUUACAGGGAUUUAUUUAUAUUCAGGAGGAAAAAAUAAAUGUAGAGCUUAAAGAAAAUAUAAAUAUAUAUUUUUAAGGUCUUCGUUUGGUAUGGUUUGCAUUUUAGUAAAAAAAAUCUUUCUGGUUGGAUAUUUCCCUUAAAAUCACAAAAGAUAAUGUGAAGUGCUAAAAACACUUAGCUUGACACAAUUUGCAAAAUUUAUAUAAAAAAACUUAAGUCAACAACACUUCAGGAAAAUGAAAUAACUUUGAUUUUAGCGUAAAUAACCAAACGUGUUUUGGAAAAUAUUCAACUGCAUGUCUGCAUCCUCAAAAUUAUUGUUCUUCUUUUCCUUUUAAUUUAAAGAGAAAAAAGAUGAGUUUGAAUGUCAGGUUAGCUAUAUGAAUGCAUAUUUUAGUCAAACUACACUGUAAAAAAUUAAAUGUUGAAUUUACAUAACCAAGUUAUGUACAUACUGCCUAAAUUUAAGGAUUAAUUUACAUGACCAUAACAAUGUAUAUGGAGCUUAACGCCAGGGACACACCAGCCGCCGAAGCGCUGGGAAAAGGGGACCGCCUUCAUUCGGCGCCCUUGUUAUCCUAUUCUAUAGACCACAUGGGCCGCCGAAGCGCCGCGUGUCGGCGCUUCAGCCCGCGCCGUGCAGCGAUCGUUUCGGCAUCUGCUCCAUUUUUUUCGCGAGCCGAGGGUGAACCGCGUCAAUUCUGGCAGGAAGUCAAACCUAGACAUAAGAGGCAGGCCGGUAAAUUUAACAAAAUAAAGCAUUUCAAAAUACAAUUCCGCAAUAGUCAGAUGUGUUCGUAAACAGACACUGCAUAAAAACCACACACACACACACACACACACAGAGCGAACUUGUGUGUGUGUGACCACGUGUCGUAGGCCAGCUAUUAACUGGUUCACACCAUAGGUUCACACACACACAAACAGCAAGGGGGAGGGGGGUGUAGAGGAAAAGAGCAGAGAAAAGGCAGAGAGCAAAUGGAGGACACCAAGUGGUUAAAAGAAAAACUACGAGGCACGCCUCGACCGGAGCGGAGAAACAAGCGUCUGGUCUGAACUGAGGAGCAGCGAGCAGCAGCCGAAUCUCGUGAGCGCUUCGCCUCCCGGCGCUUCGUGGGGCUUCGGCGGCUGGUGUGUCCCCGGCUUAAGUCUCCUUCCUUUCCGGUCGGCUCAUGGGUCCCUGGAAGAAUGAAAAAAUGAAUGCAAGUCAACGGGGCUAGAAGAGAUAUUUUCCAAACCACUUUGCCUUACACCCUGAAUCGCACGUGUUUUGUUUCAGUUUAAAUUAAAGUAAUUCUGUGUGUUUCGAACCACGCCAGUCACGUACGUUGAGAUUUAUCAGCUUGUAAAAGGUCGUAAUUAACAUGACUACAAAUCAGACGUUGCCACGUCGCAUAUAUGACAUCAUCAUAUAAUCUCCUCUCCCCUAGCAUAGCUGCUACUUACUAAAUGGCCAGAUUUAUGGUGGUUCUUUCCUCUUGAAGGAAGGAUUUAAAGUUCAUUGAACUUUUUCUCUGCUUUUUUUCGUGUCUGGUUUGAUGAUUUGGUGAUUCACAUUUGUAGUCCUGGACUUAUUUUCAUACAAAACCUAAAAUAACAUUUCCCACGUUCGAAAAUAAGUGCAUUCUUGGCGUCAAAAUGUGUCUUUAAAAUUCACAAACAUCUUAUGUAAAAUCAAUGGCACACAAAUGGAAUUAAAAAUAGUCAUUUUAGCUCAAUUGACUCCAUUUUUUUUUUGUUUUUCUAGGGACCCAUGGUCCAGAAUUAGAUGGGUGUGACUUAAGCCUGAUUCAUGCUUCUCCAUCAGCUCCGCAAGGGACAGACACGCACGGAUUGACGGAAGCGUUUUGCUCUCAUACUUUUCCGUCUCCUGGGGAGUGUUGCAAAGCAAUUCCCCGCCAGGACAACAGAGGGCAUAGCGCUGUUCUGUGGCAUCUAUCCCAUGUAUCGGUCCAAGAUGGUGUGUUUAUAUUGUGUUUUUUUGUAUAUAAGAGACUUUUUAACACGGACAUAUUUGUCUCUCAUCCUCCACCUCUUCAUGCGCUCGCCACCUCUAAACCCACGUUUCCUGUCAUUUCCGUCCACAAAUAAAACGCUUGCUAUGCAUCUUUUCACUCCUCCAGUCACGGGGGAAUUAAACGUUCAUGGUUUUAGAGUUUUUUCGCGAGGUAUUCUUCAAGCUGCUCCGUGUCUGCCGCUAGUUAUCCUCGGCUCUCUUUAUGUUUUUGAGGGUGCAAUGGCGGCGAUGUAGACGACAGCGGCGUCCUGACCAAUCACAAGGUUGCGUUGUCCGUCUCGACGGACGGAUGUUUAGUAAAGAGAGCUCGACUCCGUACGUCCUUGCGGAGCUCUCCAGCAGGCCCGCAAGGAUGGAUAAUGGCGUGCGUGUCCCCGCACUGACGCAGACGGAGAAGCAUGAAUCAGGCUUUAGGCUCUGUAUAGUAUUCUUUACAUCCAUGCAGCUAGGUAUAGCAGAAGCAGUUGACACAAAUUGGUUAAGUAUACUCAAAAUUGUAUUUUGUUGAGUGUAGAUUGGAGCAUUACUCGGAAUGCAGAUUCUGCACCAGCUGCAAAUAUGUCAGUGUUCAACCAUUUUCUCUGUGUGUGUGUGCGCACGUGCAUACAUGCAUGCAUUUAUGCUUACUUUUUUUAUUGUUUUCAAUUCAGUGACACAUUUUGUUAAAGAUGAAUUAUUUUCUCUGCUAAGAGCAGGCUAAUAAUCCCCUCUGAGCACUUACUGGAUAGAAAAACUACAAUCUGCUUCCCUAAAGGGAUCCUCAGAUUGGUCUAAAGCUGUCAAACAAAUUAAAAGCACUUUUACAAAAUUUGUCCUGGAGGAAAACAAGAGGACGAAGUCCAAGCUGCACUAAAACUUUGGGUUUAUUGAAUGUAACUCAGCAAAGGCGGACAGAAAUGUAAUUUAUACUUUUUUGGGGGGAAGUUUUUUUUGCAAUAAUGUGUUGCUGUAUAAAAUGCUCAAAAAUCCUCCAAUGGUGAAAGUUGGAGGGAUUUGCUUCAAGAUUGCACCGUUAUAACAGCGACAGUUUAUAAAGUAAAGAUGGAAACAGUAGACAUCUGAUCUGAAGGAUGCAAUAAAUAAAUAUAUAUAUAAGGUGCACAUGUGGAGAUGUUAUUUAAAAUGAAAACGGACAGAUUUUUGUCGUACUGAACUUGUUCGUAUCUAAGGAUCUGUAUAAAUAAGCAAAUAAAAUAAAAUCACCAGCUAUUUUGUGUCUGUCAUAUUUUCACAAUUUUAUUUUUUCAUUUGAUUUUUUACAUUUACUUAAAAUGAUGCCAUUCAUAGUGUUUUCUGUAUUACUUCAGUUAUAUUUCUUAGACAUCCACCCACCCUGCUUAUCAACGCAGGGCUGCGAGGAGCUGGUGCCUAUCUCCAGCAUAUCCUCCUGAAAACAGGUGGGGUGCACCCGGGACAGCUUUCCAGGGCAACACAGACACAGAACAAACAGCCAAGCACACACUCACACCCAAAAACAAUUUAAAGAGGCCAAUCAUCCUGACAGUCAUGUUUUUGGACCAUAAAGCCAGAGAACCCACGUGUGUACAGGGAGAACAAGCAAAAGAUCACAGGCCAGGAUUUGAACCCAGGACCUUCUUGCUGCAAGGCACUGUGUCACCGCGCAGUCAAUUUCUAAAACAUUUUAAUCAAAAAAUUUUAACACAUUGACCUGAAGUCAGAUGAAAUUAUUUUUAGCUCUAGAGGCCAUCUUGAUUUGGGUUGAACACUUAACAUUAAUGUCUAUUCUGUGGUUCAUUUUAAUAUUUUGAAACCAGACAAGCUAAUACACACUGGUUGCUGUAAGGUGAUGCGAGGAUGAAUGAUUGGAUAGUUUAACAAUGCUAUGGGAUGAAACCAUAAACUCAUCUGCUAAAUGCCAGCUAAUAUAAUGUGAGAUAAUAGGGCAGCUUAAUUAGAGAAAGCAUGUUGAGUCCAAAAAAAAAACAGUAAAUGGUCUAGGAAUAAAGGAAACAAGUGGCUGUGCUGCCAUCUACUGACGAUAAAGGAAACUUGCAAUAAAAACCUUUUAAAUUUCUGUUUUAGUCAAAUUUUAUUGAACCUGAGUUGAAACAGUUAAAAAUUACAAAUGUUUUGCCUUUAAUUUCCUCAAAUGUACAUAUGUAUGUUUUUUGCAGUUCUAAGGAGUCUCCACCGAUCAUGAAAAACAGUUUAAUCUAAGACUUAAAUGUUGAUUUUAAUCCUCAGUAAAAAAUUUAAUUGGUUUAACAAUGUGAUUAACUUUUGGCUUUCCUUUUGACUCCAGAAGACAUAAAAAGCACUAACAUUUAACCAUAUUUUGUUUAGUCAAAAUGUCUUUGCUCGUGUGUGCUGAACAAAAACAUUUACAUAUACAAAAAUGGCCUUUAGGGGUUUGUAACAACUUGAUAGAAAGUCUGCAUACAGAUUAGCACAACUGAAGGUUGCUAAGAAAGUAUUUUUGUACAUUUUUUCAAUGAGUUUAAAUAGAUCUUAGGUUGUUUUUGGAUUUUGAACAUUUUCUUGAACAGUUUUCUUAUGUUUGAAGAGUUAAUUAUUUCAACUCUUGGCUUACAUUUUCAAAUGACAUGAAAGAACAAAUUAUCCUCACGUAUUCUUCACAUUUCUUCUUUUUCAAAGGCGUGGUUCACUGAAAAAAACAUUGUUAAUGAAAAUUUCUGAUUAUAAUCGGUCACUUUGAGUGUUUCAUGCCGGCUGAACAUAAAAAUAGUCUCCUACACCUGCCUCCUGCAUUAGCUUCUGACAGAAAAUAAAUGGUGAAAUGCUAGAAUUUGAAAAUCCUGACAGAUCUAUGUCACACUGUCACCAAACAUUCAUGGACUCAUCCAUCUUAGCUCGCCACGGGGCAGGCUGUUGUUUGUUUAGCUUUCAGGAAACCGCAAAUAACUUCUUUACUAGUAGAAGCUAACUGUCAGCAUUAGCAACUUCACCCCACAGCAGAACUCCUUGAGGUUUGUGUUAUUUGUGUAAAUAAAACAUCCAUGUUGCAGAGCAAAAGGUACAAAAGUCUUUCUUUAGAAUAACAUUAACUCAUAUGUUUCUGUUAAUUUAGCAUUUUAUAUGUAUUUUUGUUAUAAACAAAAUAAGAAUCUGCACACUUCAAUCUGCGAUGUAGGAGUUUAUUGGUCAAGCUUUUGGUCAGAGACCUUCAUCAGGAAUUGGAAUGUGUUUUUGUUGAAAGCACACUUUGGAAACUGCAAGGUAAAAAUACAAAGAAAUUGUUUAAUCACAAGAUUUUUUGAAAAGAUAAGUCAUUUUAAUUUUAUUAAAACAACAAUAAUAAUAAAUAAUAAUAAUAAUAAAGUAUUUUGUCAAAUCCAUCUUUACUGCAGCAGAGGCCACAGCAUCACUACCCUUUCACAAUAAGAGUCUCAAACAUGCACAUAAAGUCCAUUAGCCAUCAUCACACACUGGUGAAAUUACAUCACUGCUUUUGACACAGCCCCAUGGGGAGUGGUGAACUGCAGCAGUGGCUGCGCUUGGGAAUUAUUUGGUGUUUUAGCCCCCCAAUCCAACCCCUUAAAGCUGAGUGUUAAGCAGGGAGGCAUUUGGCCCAAUUUGUAAAGUCUUUGGUAUGACCUGACCCAGAUUUGAACCCCGAGUCCCAGGGUGGACACUCCACCACCAGGAAAAUAUGCUCUCCAAUAU